AUGUCGCUCCGAAUCAAUAUCCCUCCUGCCACUCGGUUCUGUCUGAUCGGCCUUCUCACCCUCUCUCUUCUGUACAACAUUGCCAGAUGGCGCCAAAUUGACACCACCGGUGGAACCCCGGCGACCUCUCCUCUCGUACCGUACCUGACUCUCGUUCCCUCCUACUUCUAUUAUUACCCCUGGACCUUGGCCACGGCCACCUUUGUCGAGCAAAACAUCUUCACCGUUCUUCUCAACUCCGCGACCAUCUUCUAUGGCGGCAAGUACCUCGAACGUGCGUGGGGCUCCCGCGAGUUUAGCAAGUUCAUUGCCGUGAUCGCCGUGAUCCCAUGUGUGCUUAUGAUCCCUAUUUAUCUAUUCUGGAGGGCUCUCGGAGGCUCGUCCAGCACAUCGUACGUCUCAGAAGCCAGAUUCAGUCCCCAGCUAAACCAACGUCCCAGUCUCACUCAAAUUUGUGGCGGUGUCUCGAUCCAAGCCUCCUUCCUCGUCGCCUUCAAACAGCUGGUCCCAGAACACACUGUAACGAUAUUCAAAGGCUUAGUGAAGAUGCGCGUUAAACAUUUCCCCGCCUUGUUCCUCCUCCUCAACACCAUCAGCGGCGUCGCUUUCGGAACAGACACAGCCGCGAUCCUGGCAUGGCUCGGCAUUCUCACCAGCUGGUCCUACCUUCGCUUCUACAAGCGCCAGCCCGAUCUGACCGGAACAUCCAGUACCGGCAGCGGCAUCAAAGGCGACGCCAGCGAGACCUUCGCCUUCGCCUGUCUUUUCCCAGAUAUCAUGCAGCCGCCGAUCGCGUUUGUCGCCGACCAGGUCUACACAUUGCUAGUAGCAGUCAAGAUCCUGCAGCCCUUCUCCGAAGAUGAUAUCGCCUCUGGUAACGAACAGGUGCUGGCGCGUGGCGAGGCAGGCUUGCCGACUCUGUUGAACUCCCGCGGCUCAAGGGGAGCAGGCAAGCGCGAAGAAGCGGAGCGGAGACGGGCUGUUGCUCUGAAGGCUUUGGACCGCAGGCUGCAGGCUGCCUCUAUUCCACGACCGCAGUCCUCUGUCGGCGAGUCCUCCCAGCGUCCUGCGACGCCUACCCCGGCCGCGGCUGGCCAGGGCAUGCUUGGCGAGACGAGUUACAACCCCGACCAUGAGUGA